AUGCGUCGCCUCUCAACUCUGCACAUUGUCCUCCAAACAGCAGUCAUCGAGGAGCUUUCUUGGCAGGGUUCUCCAGACCUUGCUGCUCUUGUCAUCCUCAUCUUCAAUCUGAUGGUCCGAUAUUUUGACCGUCGAUACACAAACUUCGCAAAUCUCUGCUGGUCUCUUCGCCUUCCAAGCCCUUUAUUCUCUUCAAUCAACACUACCACUACCGCUAUCAUGCCUUAUAAGAGUGUUAUUUUGAAGCAACUUCACCACCACCCCACCCACGGUGGUAGCUUUGCCGGCGUGGCCAGCGAUGGUUCCGUCGUCCACGAGUUUGCGAUGCGCGCUAUGCAGCAGUCGGGCGCUACUUCUGUUGUCCAGCUGUCUACCCAGGGUCCUGGCAGUGAUCAUCCCACUGUUGUCACUGGUGUCCUCAACCGGAUAGCAGGGGUCACACCGUUCAUCGCACCAACAAGGCCGACCCUGCCUUGCUCUUCAUACACAAGACUCUCAUUGCUGUAUCCGGCCGUCGCCACUGGUGUCCUCGACCGGGAUGGCAGGGGUCGCACCGUCCAUCGCACCAACGAGGCCGCCAUGGUCUAG